GACGCAUGGGAGCGCACGCGCAGUUCCGCUUCCGGGAGCCGCUCCUCGCUACCCACUAUGCUCUGCGACAUCGACCUGUCGCAAAGGCCGCGUUUGCGGGGCGAAUGAGCGACUCGCUUUCCGUGCGGUGCGGCGAGUGAGGCCCCGGUCCUCAUCCUCGUCCUGCCGCAGGGCCAGAACCCCUGACGGUAUUCAGCUGCGCUUAAGUCUGGCCGGUGUCAUCUGUCCCCGCAAUGCCCCCCAAGAAACAGGCUCAGGCCGGGGGCAGCAAAAAGGCGGAGCAAAAAAAGAAGGAGAAGAUUAUCGAAGACAAAACUUUUGGUUUGAAGAAUAAGAAAGGAGCAAAGCAACAGAAGUUUAUCAAGGCUGUCACACAUCAAGUUAAAUUUGGUCAACAAAAUCCACGUCAGGUAGCACAGAGUGAAGCUGAAAAGAAAUUGAAGAAGGAUGACAAGAAGAAAGAAUUGCAGGAGCUAAAUGAGCUGUUCAAACCUGUAGUUGCUGCUCAAAAAAUAAGUAAAGGUGCAGAUCCCAAGUCUGUGGUAUGUGCAUUCUUCAAGCAAGGACAGUGUACUAAAGGAGAUAAGUGUAAGUUCUCCCAUGACUUGACUCUGGAGAGAAAAUGUGAAAAGCGAAGUGUUUACAUUGAUGCAAGAGAUGAAGAACUUGAAAAAGAUACUAUGGAUAAUUGGGAUGAGAAAAAGCUGGAAGAAGUAGUGAACAAGAAGCACGGUGAGGCGGAAAAGAAAAAACCAAAAACUCAAAUAGUGUGCAAGCAUUUCCUUGAAGCUAUUGAAAACAACAAGUAUGGCUGGUUUUGGGUAUGCCCUGGAGGGGGUGAUAUUUGCAUGUAUCGUCAUGCACUUCCUCCUGGAUUUGUGUUGAAAAAAGAUAAAAAGAAAGAAGAGAAAGAAGAUGAAAUUUCAUUAGAAGAUCUAAUUGAGAGAGAGCGUUCUGCCCUAGGUCCAAAUGUUACCAAAAUCACUCUAGAAUCUUUUCUUGCCUGGAAGAAAAGGAAAAGACAAGAAAAGAUUGAUAAACUUGAACAAGAUAUGGAAAGAAGAAAAGCUGACUUUAAAGCAGGGAAAGCACUAGUGAUCAGUGGUCGUGAAGUGUUUGAAUUUCGUCCUGAACUGGUCAAUGAUGAUGAUGAGGAAGCAGAUGAUACCCGCUACACCCAGGGAACAGGUGGUGAUGAGGUUGAUGAUUCAGUGAGUGUAAAUGACAUAGAUUUAAGCCUGUACAUCCCAAGAGAUGUAGAUGAAACAGGUAUUACUGUAGCCAGUCUUGAAAGAUUCAGCACAUAUACUUCAGAUAAAGAUGAAAACAAAUUAAGUGAAGCUUCUGGAGGUAGGGCUGAAAAUGGUGAAAGAAGUGACUUGGAAGAGGACAACGAGAGGGAGGGACCGGAAAAUAGAGCCAUUGAUGCUGUUCCUGUUGAUGAAAAUCUUUUCACUGGAGAGGAUUUGGAUGAACUAGAAGAAGAAUUAAAUACACUUGAUUUAGAAGAAUGACAUCAAACACCUUGCUGAAAAAAUUAAGUCAGCUCAGCAUGAGUUGAAAUUGACUACAUUAAUUUCUUUCCAGCUAGAAUCAACAGGAUGUUUAUUUCCUAUGCUGAUUCUGGAGGAGUUAACCUCCUGCAAAAAAGGAAUAUUGUCCCUGCGUCUUCUCUUCUGACUUUGGCUACAUCUCAUAGUAAGUUCAGAGUAGUUCAUGAUAAAUUGAAAAUAUAAUGGUCAUUGCAGAAAAUGAUUGAUUGUUGUAACUGUCCACCCAAGUAAGAAGUGUAUCUGCCUUUCCAUCUUUUGGUUUUCAUUUGGGCAUGUGCUAUUACCAGAAACAACAAACUUACAUUUAAAAUACCCUUCAUUUGACACAGUUUUUAAUGAGUGAUUUAAUUUCCUUUGUAUUUGUAUGUUUAGAAGACUGCCUAAAACAUGAGCACUGUACUUCAUAAAGGAAACUGCGUAUGCAGAUUCAGUAUUGUAUAUCUUUGGACAAUUAGAUGGACAUUUAAAAUGGAACUUCUUUUAUCUGACAGGAUCAGCUACAAUGCCCUGUGUUAAAUUGUUUAAAAGUUUUCCCUUUUCUUUUUUGCCAAUAAAGUUGUAAAUAAAGACCAUCAUACAUUAAAAUCCAAA